GAUAUAAAAUGAAGUUCAUCGACUGUAAUGAACAGUUGCCCCACCUGAUUUAGGCAACUGCCAUUUGGGUUCUCUAUGUUGAAAGUACAUAUUAGCCGUAUUGCUUUUUCUGCUCAGAAUGCAAUCUGUUCGGAAAGUUUUCUUUUCCACUUUCAUAAGCAUCAGAUGACUGAUUUGUUGUUUUGCUGCAUAGCACCACUUUCUGUUGUUGGUCUUAGUGAAGAAUGAGCAAUAGAGCAGGCAAAUGGUGAUAUUCUGGUUUUCACAUCAUCCUUCAAUCCAAGGAAGAAUACAAUUUAUUCUAGUUGGGUUAAUUCCUCUUGCCGGUGGCUAGGGUUUCUCCUACUUGAUGGAGGGUUGGCAAUGCCCUUUUUCUUUCUUCUAUUUGGUUUUUGUAGGAUGGGAUCCAGCUGGUGGUCAGGCUAGGAGUGACUGGUUCACGCUAGAUUCAAUCGGGCUGUGCCUGGAGGAUCAUAGGUGGCUUCUGGUGCAGAGGGACAAGUGUACAUGCUGCACAAUUGGGGUUUGUUGCCAUCAGAGGGGCAGUGGAUUUGUUUUGGGGUUACUGGUCUAGAACAGCCCUUGACAAGGCAAAACAGUGCUGGUUUGAGUUGUUGGUUUAUUGGUUGGUGAAUACCAUCUGGCUGGGGGGUUGGGUAUCAGGCAUGUGGUGGAUCUUGGCUAUGGAUGAAAGGUGGGAGGUCUUGUGCCUAAUGGAAUAUUGUGGUGGCAAUUUACCAGAAGAGCCAAAUAUGGUUGCUAUAAAUGGCUAUCAAUGGCAGCCACAUAGAGGAAGGAAGGGAUUUUGUUGGUGAAACUGGCUGUAUGCUGCAAGGGAAGGAUGGUAUUCAAGCCAGCAAAGGGGCUCUAGUGGAGUUUGGCAACAAAGGCUUAAAGGAGACUGGAAGAGAUGGGAACAAGGUUGAGAGCAUAUGGAGAUGAAUGGAACGUGGUACUGAGGCCUUAUUGAGCAAGAUAGAGAAUACCCAUGGUCAAAGGAAGAUUAGUUCUGAUCCUACUGAGAAUGAAAGAACACAAAUACUUAUUGAUACUGUAGGGGUGCCUUGCACUUGCAUGGAGGAGGACUGUGCCCUUCCUGUUGGUUGAUCUUUAAGAAUAGACAGGGUGGCAAUUGCAGGUUGGGGACUGUUGUUGCCGGACUCCCUUGCUCUCCCCAUGAAGCUGGCUAAAUAGGUGAGAAUGUUAAGAAGCUUAGAAUGCUUAUAGUGACUUUAUUUUCUACAAUUUUGUAGCUCUGCAUAUGCCUACACAACUAUUGCAAAUGCAAUCUCUAGUUGCAGAUGCUCUUCUUUACUUAAUUGUUUGUAUUCAGCAUGAGUAUAGCUUAAAUCUACUACUAGUACUGUAGGUAUGCUUGUGUCUUCUGUCUUUAGGGUUUAGGCUUUAAUGCCAUCACAUAGGGAUAUAAUGUAAUCUCUCUAUUUUUUAUUAUGUUCUCUUCUUUUAUCAAACAAAAAAUAUAUAUAUUCUUAUGGUCUGUUGCAACCUGUAUCUCUGUGCUUGUCUUUUCAACAAUCUUCCCCAGGUUGGAAUUCAUCCUUCAGCAGCAGGAGUUUGUGGCCAUGCGAUCAGUUACAAGGCGUGUUUCAAAACCAACGACGAAUCUGUAAGAUAUGAAUUCAUGAAUUGUGGAAGAAAAAAUAUAGGUAAAAAAUUGGUGGAUGGCUAUUUUCGGUCGGUAUUCUCAUUAUAAAUAGUUGUUCAAUUACUGACUAUUUCUCUAGAAUUAUUUUAGAUGUAACAAGAAAUUGUUUUAGUUGUU